AGCCAAAGCAUGCGUCGCGCUAUCCACUCUCCCUUCGUCUUCUUCCUCCGCCACGUCUCCUGCUUCCCCCCACCCCCUCCUUCCUCUCGCCAUGGCUGCAGCCGCUUCCUCCUCCGCCGCCGCGUCGCCGUUCCUCCUCACCUCGGUCCACCGCCCGUUCGCUUCCUCAAAAGCGUGGCCUUUUCGGAACGGCAGCGCGUUCAGGAGCAGUAGCAGGGCGCUGAGUUCAGCGGCACGGCCUUGCUGCUGCUGCCGCUGCAGCUGCGAGGGGUCCGGUGAGGCGGGAGGGGAUGGCGCCGGCGUGCUCUGUUCCAGCUCCACCCGGAGGAGCUUUCUUGGAGUCGCGGUGGGGGCGUCGGCCCUCGGGCUCGGCCUGGCCGCGCUCGAUAAUGCCGUCGCCGCCGGUCUGCCUCCCGAGGAGAAGCCCAAGCUCUGCGACGCCGACUGCGAGAAUGAACUGGGAAAUGUGCCCAUGGUAACUACAGAAUCUGGUCUUCAGUACAAGGAUAUCAGAGUGGGUGAAGGCCCAAGUCCACCCAUUGGUUUCCAGGUUGCUGCAAACUAUGUUGCCAUGGUACCCAAUGGACAGAUAUUCGACAGUUCUCUAGAAAAGGGUCAGCCCUACAUAUUUCGUGUUGGCUCAGGACAGGUGAUACAGGGACUUGAUGAAGGGAUAUUGUCGAUGAAGGUUGGAGGACUACGCCGAUUAUACAUACCUGGCCCGUUAGCAUUUCCGAAGGGCCUUACUUCAGCUCCUGGAAGGCCAAGAGUGCCUCCAAGCAGCCCAGUUGUUUUCGACGUCAACCUAUUGUACAUUCCAGGUCUUGAUGAUGAGUGAAACCAUAGGCAUACAUCCUCUUCUGGUUUUCCACAUCUUUGCAAGAGGAUGGUGAAGCAAAUGCUUUACCAUACAGUACAUCUAGAGGGACCAUUAUUUUCGGCUGCAGGUUGUGGGCAAGUUUGUUCUUUGUGUACACAAUUUUAUUAGUUGACUGAACUGACAAGGGUUGCAUAUAAUGAAUAUAAUGUGUUACGUGUAAAAUCAGGAGCAGUAGGAACAAAUGGACUGUUAAUUGCUGCUGGUCCUCUGGGCAAGCCUUAGGAAAAUGCAGCUUUUGGGUCCUUGAGAGA